AUGGCAACGUCAAUGUCUGCGAACUGGCGGGGCAUUGAUAAUCAACUAGUCGCCGUCGAAAUUCAGGGACCCGAGAUCUUUUAUGUCGACUUGACAAAUAUCGAGAAGUACCACCAGCUACACAGGCAGAUAACGUGUCAUGUACCAUCAUAUAUCUACGACCACGCUUACAAUGUUUUGGGAUAUAUCUACUACCAGAGUCCCGGACUUCUUUACAUAAACUUGCACACCGUGCCACAAGGUGCCGGACACAUAUUGUGGGAAUAUCUAGUAUUCGGAACGUUGGCUCUCCAGGGCAAUCCCUUCGAGGGGAGGCGAGAAGAGUACUUCAAAAGUAUCAUCCAUGUACACAAUUUUGCAGAACAGCUCGGCAUGGAGGACCUUAAGUCGGACUCCGCGAAGGAGAUCUUCCGCGAGGCUCAAGAUAUGUGCCUGGUGGAACUACUCAAACUCCUUGAAGAAGUGAACUACCGGUCUAACUUGUUUCCAAAGUUUUCGGUGUACUUGGAAAAGCGACUGGUUAGUUCCGCUUUGGAUUACGAUGCGGAAGGCAGCCUGAGGGCUUUCAUCGAACUGAGAGAUCAACCAUCACUCUCAGUCGCCCAGAUGCUUUUGAAAGCAAUGGCAGAGGUUAGCAACAUCGAGUGCAGGUCGGGCAAACAAGACUCCAUGCGAGAUGAAGCCUACAGAAAGAAGGUUGCUGAGACAACGGCUGUUUCCGAGGUCAUUGGAUCGGAAGAGUGCAAGUCUCCCAAAACAAGAUGGAUAAAACCGAGGAACGAGACCGCGCCAGUGAGUAACUCAGUUGGCAGUCAAUUCUUCGGUCCCGUGGCCAAGCAGGAGGACAGAAGCGGCAUGACAAAUCACUUGGAACAGCCAUUGCAGAGAGCGGCCGUGCCCGACUCAAAUUCCUACUCUCCAAGAGAGCCCGCGUUUCUUCCCCGGAUGUUCCUCCCUGCUUUGGCUCCUAGAUCUGAAAAUAAUGGAACCGGGCUUCUCCCGUCAUUCGGAGACACAUCGAAGAAUUCGAGAAGUAGAACCCCCCCUUACUGUCACAGGCUGUCACCGAUGGAAUAUACACUCCCAACUGAGCCCACGCAGCUGCCUAGGCUACAACAAAAGAAUCGACAGCGAAUGGCCGAAAUGGCCUUUGCGCACAUGACGGGAACGGAACACAAUCCAAGGAGAAAAAGUCUAGAUCCCAAUCCUUCAACUGCAUCGGGCGAGCUUGAGUCAGAAUCAGCUGCGGAAAUCGACAACGAUACUGCAGACGAGGCUGAAGAAGCUUGCGAUCGGCCAGUGACACCAAUCGGAUCCCAGCUAAAUUUUACCGAGUGCAUUCUGCCCUCAUUUGACGAGCCUUGGCAAUCGCCUACAUCUUCUUCCGAUACCCUGGAAGGCGAGCCUGGUGAAGUCGAGGGGUCCAUGGAUUGGAAUGCGGGUUCAUCCGAAUCCGACUACAAUCCUUGA